GAGUUAACUAAAACAUAUUGUGUGCACAAUGCACCCACGGCGCACGAAAUAAAGUCCCUACGAACGGAUAAAAAGAAGCGGCAGCGAAAUCCACCGUCGACUAGGUGCGCCGGAUAAGCAGCGAUGCCACUAGCUCACCACGCCUCUUGUCGUAACUCAUCUCUCUUCAAUUCAUCUCCGCCCUUCACCAAUCCUUCUCUCUCCGCCGCCAUUUUCCCGCUCUCGUCGUUCACUUGUUCAAAUUCCCGCAAAAUUUUCAAAUUACCAAAAUUCAGACAGGCCCACGUUCCAUUAUGUACUAAAAAUGGAGUCUUUGAGGAAUUCAAGGACACCCUUUUGCCCAAAAGGGCUGAAAACGACGAAGAAUCAGAAGGGCUUGAGUUGCUGAACAAGCCCUCUCCGAAGCAAGUGAACGAUGUUGAGGCUGUGGAAGAAGUUGAGGUGAAAAAAGUCGACGCAGAUGAGAUUUUGGCGCCGUUUUACAAGCUGUUUAGGCCACCUGCGGAGGAAAUUGAUCAAAAUGAGGGUUCAAUUGAGGAGAAAAUGGGGAAAGUUGCUGUGGAGUAUUAUGAGCCUAAGCAAGGGGAUUUUGUGGUGGGGGUGGUGGUUUCGGGCAACGAGAAUAAGCUCGAUGUGAACGUUGGUGCAGAUAUGUUGGGGACAAUGCUGACAAAGGAGGUGCUGCCUUUGUAUGAUAAGGAGAUGGGGCAUUUGCUGUGUGAUGUGGAGAAGGACGCUGAGGAGUUUUUGGUGCAUGGGAAGGUGGGGAUUCUGAGGAAUGAUGAAGUGAUGGGCGGCACGCCUAUACCGGGGAAGCCUGUUGUGGAUGUGGGAACUGUUCUGUUUGCUGAGGUUUUGGGGAGGACUCUUGGUGGGAGGCCAUUGCUGUCGAGUAGGAAGCUCUUCAGGCGUAUCUCAUGGCACCGAGUGAGGCAGGUUAUGCAACUAAACGAACCGAUUCUGGUUCAAAUCACGGAGUGGAAUACAGGUGGUCUCCUUACAAGAAUAGAGGGGCUCAGGGCUUUUCUUCCAAAAGCUGAAUUGAUCAAUAGAGUUAACAAUUACACGGAACUUAAAGAGAACGUUGGACGGAGGCUCUAUGUGCAAAUUACUAGAAUAAAUGAAAACACCAACGACUUGAUACUCAGUGAGAAGGAGGCUUGGGUGAUGAUGCAUCUUCAAGAGGGAACACUUCUCGAAGGAACAGUCAGGAAAAUUUUCCCAUAUGGUGCGCAGAUAAGGAUUGGUGACACGAAUAGGAGUGGAUUGCUGCAUAUUUCAAACAUAUCUCGAGGGCAUACUACUUCUGUCAGCGACUAUCUGGCAGUUGACGAUGAGGUUAAAGUUCUUGUUAUAAAGUCAAUGUUUCCUGAGAAAAUUUCUCUGAGCAUAGCUGAACUUGAAAGCGAGCCCGGUCUAUUUUUGUCAAAUAAGGAGAGAGUAUUCUCGGAAGCUGAGGAGAUGGCAAAGAAGUACAGGCGGAAGAUGGCAGACGUGUCAGCCACAAGAAAGCUUGAAGCCCUUCCCACGGAAGGCUUGCCAUUCGAAGAUGAAGAGAAGUUCUACGCCAACUGGAAAUGGUUCAAGUUCGAGAGGGACAACGAGCUGAAUCCAUGACUCUCGAAAUCCAGGUGGAACGAGAACCAUUGCUCUGGAGAAAGAAAAAAGGUAAGGAUGGAGGGUUUCUCUAACGAGACUCCUCUCCUUCCUCGCUCAACACGCUGAAGAGCUCUUCCUCAAGAUGGCCUUUGUUGCCACAAUCCAAAUGAUGCGGCCAUUGGCAUGUUCUCCAUCAAGACGAGAAGGGUCUCGCAGCUGGUGAGCCGUACAAAGACCCCUUCUGCAGUUGUUGUAAUUCGAGCUUUGUCUACCUUAUCUCGAAUUUUCCAUAAAAUGUGAUUAGCUUAUAUGCAGAAGAAAAAGCAUGCUAGGUGUUGUAAGUUUCUAUUGAAUGCUUAAAAGUUUCAUUCAAAAUAAGAUUGAAUGGCGUUCGACGUUA